ACAAAAAUCAUGACACAAUACUUGGGGGUGAGCCAUAUAAGGUCAAGGAGUCUCUCAGAGCGGGGAUUGUGUUUCCAUCCGUCAAGCCUGGCUGACCUCAUCUUCCAACGGUGAACCACACAUCAUGGAGAAAGAGGAUAAGAAAAGAAUAUACGCGAAUUACUUGGAAGCAUUAGUGAAGAGGAGAUUGUCGAUUAGAAGGCGACGAUCGUUGGAAAUCAAGAGAGGUGGUGUACAUCGCAAUGAGAGGUUGUUAGAAUUACAGAAUGAGUGGGAUCGCAUAGAUGUAUUAUGGAAGAAGGCUGUAGAAACAGGAAAUACACCUGGUACUGUUGUGAAUCAAACUGAGAGUAAUGACGCACAGCUUGGAGGUGUGACGGGGAAUGAAGAUGAGAGGGCAGGUAGAUCUGCUAGUGUUGGUACCUCACAACGCGGAGGUGCGGCGGGAGGUGUGGAUACUUCUGUCCCCAUUAAUGAAGAUGAUGAGAGAGCAACUACCUCACAUGACGUGUCUGACAGUAAUGUCGCACAUAAUAGUGGAGGUGAAGAUGAGAGAGCAACUACCUCACAUGACGUGUCUGACAGUAAUGUCGCACAUAAUAGUGGAGGUGAAGAUGAGAGAGCAACUACCUCACAUGACGUGUCUGUCAGUAAUGUCGUACACAAUAGUGGAGGUGAAGAUGAGAGACCAGAAAUUAUCACAUACAUCCAGAAUUUUAGAGGGGAUCCUCGUCAUGAAGGUAACGAACUUCAGGGUUUUUGGGGAGCAAAAGGGAUUGCCUGCAGCGAACAACAAGCUACAAACCCCCAAGGCAAUGGUCAAGUGGACGGUUCAAUGCUUAUUCAAAUGGAUGAACUGCCACUGUUGGUUAAUGGUAAAGUUGAUGGUCCAGCAGCUGUUGAAGCUUUAUGA